UAUUACUUAAUGUGACCCUCUCAAGGAGUGUAAGAAUAAAUAUGAUUAGUAUGUUAACUAGACUCCAAUAUUAAUUUCAUGUGCGUUACAGGGGCUUCUGGGUACAUAGUUUCUUGGCUAGUCAAGCUCCGGCUCCAACGUGGCUACACCGUCAAUGCUUCAGUUCGCGACCCAGAUGAUCCAACAAAGACAGAACGCUUACUAGCACUUGAUGGGGCUAAAGAAAGGCUUCAUUUGUUUAAAGCUGACUUCCCUGAAGAAGGAUCUUUUGAUUCUAUGGUCGAUGGAUGUGAAGGUGUUUUCCACACAGCAUCUCCAUUUUGUCACACUCUCUCUAAUCCACAGGGAUAGGACCUCCUCUUAGCAGAGAUAGCAAAAUCUGAAUGUCCAUUCACUAAGCACGAUCUUGGCUAUAUGAUUUAUCUCACUCAGAGAGCUUUUUCUUGCUGACUUGAAGCAGAAGCCUGUUAAGCAUAGUUAGCUCCCUUUGGCACCUUCUAAGUCUGUCAGUUCAGAUCUUUCAAAGGUUCAAAUUCUAGGACUUCUGCCUCAAAAGUAGUGGGGAAGAUGAGCUUCAGCCACUCAAUCCUCAAAAGAUUUUACUUUUAUAAUUUGUGAAUGCAUUUUUUUGUGUCAAGGAUUUAGCUUGUGUUGUUCAGUUGCUCUAAUAUAAAAUCUCCAUGAAGUUAUACUCUUUUAGUUUGUAGGACCACUUUAUUUGUAAUAUAGCUAGCUUGUGUUGGUUGUUUCUGUGGUCUAAACCUCCAUGAUCAAAGUAGAGGUAACUUUUCAUUGGACUAAAUAUUUUUUCCAAUUUCAAAGUAAACAAUUGCAUAGCGCUCCAUGUGUAGGGGGAGUGUUUUGGUUCAAAUCUUUCCAAUUGCUACUUCA